CUGCUGCAGCUCAAGGGCAGAGUUGGAUCUGCCUGCCCAGUGGGGACAACCUGCUGUGUGGUAUGAGCUCAAUCCUGCCCGUUGUCUCUGGAGGAAGCGGCCUGGAGUUCUCUCAGAGCGCUGAACACUUCUCUGCCUGGGGAUGGAAAUGUCACUGCAAGCUGCCUUGUACAGCGAAUAGUACAGAUGGAGGGUCUUGCGUCCGUGCAUGAUCUCCAGGCGCUGGCCACCCUGCUCUCCCCAAACGAUGAAGAUGAGGAAGAAGAUCUCCAGAAAGUGAAGCCCGUAGCAAAGAUGGGCCCGGGACAUAUCGGCUCUCCUGCUGCACACAACGAAGGUAGCACUGCCUAUGUGAAGAAGAACAGCAAAGGCAUCUGGGAUGAGGAUGAAGUGACUGAGGGGGCACAUUUUGAUGACCUCGCCGAUCCACGGCCACAGCCAGAGUACGAGAUUGUGCUGAAACAGUCUGUUGGGACUGAAGAUUUGUUUCUUGGCUUGAGCAGAAAGGACCCCUCAUCCAUGUGUUGUGACAGCAUGCUGGUAAGAGUUAAACUGCCAGAUACAAAAGCAUCUGAUUUGGUGCUGGAUGUGAGGGAGACGUUUCUUGACCUCAGAACUCCAAAGUAUAAGUUGGGCCUUCACCUGCCUCACCCAGUGCACAAACAUGAGGGGAAUGCCAGAUUCAUCAUGGAAAGAGAAGAACUGGAGAUCACACUGCCCAUGAACAGACCAAUGGACUGCAUCAACCUGACCUGAGAGAGACCCGAGAGAAUGACUUGACCGUGAGAAUAAACACUUCAGAAUAUGCAGUGUUGACAACAUCAAGUUCUACAGCCUUUCAUUGACAGUCUUGGAUCCAACCCGGAAACAUGACCCAUGAAUUAAUUCACUUACCAGGUUUAUUAGCUCUAAAACCAGGAAAUAAACAUUUGGUUCAAAUGUUUCCAUAUCAGCAGCUUAGAUAAAGUGGAAAGGAACAGGUGCCUGCAUGUGUAAGAAUUCCCUUCUUAUGUUGCUGUCUUGUUUUUCUGUAUUAUAAAAUGGUGAAUCCCUUUAAUUCAUGUUUACUUUUCUUUAUGUUUACAAUAGGUAUUUUUAAGAACACUGUAUAAAUUAUAAAAUUGUAUUGGCUUAGCUGGUAAGGACAUUGAGGACAUAUAGAACAGAAAUGACAAAAUUGUAGUCAUAUCAAAUAGGCCUACAUAUUUAAUACAUGGAUUUCUAAACCUCUAAAUUAUCAGCAUGAUCAAAACUGCUGAAAAACAGCACAUUAAUUACUCACCCUCAUGUCGUUCCAAACCCGUAAAACCUUUGUUCAUCUUCGGAACACAAAUUAAGAUAUUUUUGUUGAAAUCCGAGAAGUUUUUUUUUUUUUUUUUUUAAUCCCCCAUAGAAAGCAACAUAAUUACCACAUUCAAGGUCCAGAAAAGUAGUAAAGACAUCAUUAAAAUAGUCAACGUGACUACAGUGGUUCAACCUUAAUGUUAUGAAGCGACGAGAAUACUUUUUGUGCGCAAAAACAAAACAAAAAUAACUUUAUUCAACAAUUUCAUCUCUUCCCUCUCAUUCUCCUACGCUGUUUAUGUUGUAUAGACAGGGCAGGCUUCCAUGUUCUACGUUCUGACUCAGUAUUGGCUGACGCUGAUCACGUGAGCAGCACGACGUGGCCAAUAAUGAGUCGGUGUUCUGAUGUGCAAUAAUAAUGAACAAAAAUAAUGCGUUCAUGUGUUUUGGAGGAGGUGUGGCUUUGGAAAGCAAUUUUCAGGAGGGUGGCAUCAAAUGCUUUCAAUGCUAGCAGGCUAACGUUAGCAUUUCUCUGAUCACCUACUGCACCUUUAAGUAUAACUUUAAUAUUGUUAGUAAUAUAUCAAGAUGGACAUUUACUGGACUAAGGCAACGUAGGUUUACUUGGUUAUCCAUAUAUAUAUAAAAAUCAUGUUCAAAUGUACUGUAAAUAGGCUAUUAAAUAUGAUACAAGGAA